AUGCUGUUCAAUUCCAAGCUGGUAAGCAGGUUCAUUUGGAGCAGCUGCGCUGGUUUUAUUUUGGCAUCCCUUACAAUACCAAUGAUAGCAGGCCAGGCUGCGCCAUCAAGUCAGCAUGAAAUUUUGAUAGCAUCAAACCUGAUCAAAAAGCCAUCAACUUCCCAAAAUAAGACUCCAAUAGUUCAAGCCAGUCCAGACAACAACGAUGGAAAGGCAGAUGAUGUAACGUUGUCUAUACAGAAUUAUCAUCAUCACCAUCCUCAUUUGUGGUGGCCGCGAUCAACGGACCACCAUUAUUGGUGUGUCCUGAGGAAAAAUCAAUUUGCUUAUUACAAGACCCAAGAUGAAAGAGAAGCCAUAAGUGUCAUACCGAGAUUCGAGAUAUUAAAUUUUAAGAUUAGCGAGCUUGACGGGAUAUUGAUUGUUUACACACCAUCCAAGGAUUUAAUGUUCAAGUUUCCACCAGGGCAGAAUGAGCAGACUGACAAAGAACUAAUGCACGACUGGAAAAUUGCGCUUGAGAAAUUUUUAUCGAGUCCAAGUGGAAGUGAAAGCGUUACUACAGGCAGUGAUUAUGACGAAGAUGAAGACGAGGAUGAUUUGAUUGUAGUCGAUGAAAAGGCGGGUCCUUCUAGCAGAAAGCAUUCUUGUAGUUUGACGAUGGAUGAACAACUGUCUCAUGAAGAUAAAAAGUUCUAUAGGAUGUUUGAUCCCAGGAAUCCAGAGCACCAAGUCUGUUCUGGAAUUCUGUAUACUAAAGUUAAGAAGAAGAAAUUAUUUAAUAGAGCCAAAUGGCAAAAAUUCAAUGUGGAACUGACUAAUAUCUCAUUUAGCCUAUACUCCUUUAAAACAGGAAAGAUAAAGAAAAGUAUCAAACUGAAUAAAAUUGUUGACUGCAUCGAAAUUGACAAUAGUUCCAAGAACAAGAGCGGUGAUACAAAUUUCGCUUUAAUUACGUUUGAUGAAAGGUUGUCGUUCAAAGCCGCUAAUGAUCAAGAUAUGGUGGACUGGAUAAUAAAUUUCAAAAGCGGCAUCCUUAUAAGAAAAAAAAUAAAAAGCUAG